AAACCUCAAACCGAACACUCUCAUUAUAAACUCUCCCAAACCCAAACUACACUCUCCACACACACACACACACUCACCGCCGUAUCGUUCACACUGAACCAAUCCAAACCCCACUCUCUCUCUCUCCGCCGCAAACGACCCUUCUCCGGGGCGGCGCCACCGUACAACCCCCGAUUUAACUAAAGGAGCAACAGAAGGAGCUGCUUGGUUACAAAUGGCGGCCACCGCAAGCAACAAUGACGUCGCCGCCGCCAACGACGGUCCCGUGAUGAGCCUUAUCAACAAGCGCCUCCGCGCUCUCCGCAAGAAGCUGAACCGCAUCCUCGCCAUGGAAGAGGCCGUCACCUUGGGCAAGCCCUUGAACAAGGAGCAGGAAGAGGUUCUACGCUCCAAACCCUCCGUCCUCGCCCUCAUCGAUGAGCUCGAUAAGCUCCGGCAACCUCUCGCCACCGCUCUCUCCGAAGAGCUCCAAAUCAACGGCACGUCUUCUCAAAACCCUCGCCACGAGACCGAGACCGAAAACGAAACCCUAGCUGAGAGCUCCGGCUCGACUGAGCCGAACUCGAACUCGAGGAACGACGUCGUUGUGGAGGACCUGCUUAAUUUGCUCUAUUUUGGUUCACUUUUCGAUGUGAAGAGUGACUUUGCGUCCACGAUGCUUACCAGGACGCACGAGCGUGGCUGCUGCUUGACCUACGACUACGUCACCGACGAUGCCACCGAUCUGCUUGGCGAGAAGGACUUGGAUUCGAUCUCCGCACUGAGAGGGUUGCUCGUUUCGCGGCCCGCGGAUUCAAGCUUUUCGCACAAGAACGCGCUGCACCGCUGCGUGGAACACGCCAAGCUGUGGCUUGCUAAGUCGGAGCAGCCCAUUGGGCCUGAUGCUGAUGUUACUUAUGCUGCAUUAAGGGAGAAGUUGAACAAGAUUAUGUCUUCGGAGUACUUUACUACGACACCUGAGAUGAAGGCUCCGGUUGAAGUUGCUGCGGCAGCUGCUGGGGGAAAUUACGUUUCCUUCCAUGUGCCGGUGCAUGGGUCUGUGGUUCCGGUUGAAGUGGAGCAGCCUGUUUUUCAGUCUCAGGAGAAGGAUGAAGGAACUGCAAUUCAAGGACAUGGAUCUGAAGAAGAUCCCUCUGAUCCUGAGGGAGAGCUUCUGAAGGAUGAAGUAGAAGCAGAAGCAGAAAAUGCAGGUGAAGUGGUGUCAGUUCAACAUGAACAGACGAACCAGCAAGUGGAUCUAGAGUAUAAUGAACGAGAUGUAGAGGCAAAGGACCAGCAGUCAUACCCCAGGAGGGGUUAUCAGAACCAUAGAGGUGGUCGUGGUGGAGGUGGUCGCAGGGGUUACUCAAAUGGUCGUGGAGGUCGAAGUGGUGGCAGAGGAGGCUACCAAAAUGGGCGCAACCAAUAUUAUGAUCAACCUGGAAAUUAUUAUCCAAGGAACAACUAUUAUAACAACAGAGGAAGAGGUGGCAGAGGUGGUGGCUAUUACAACAACCAUGGUGCUGGUGGUCAAGUUAAUCACGUCGCAGGUGAUGUGGGGGUGCAAUCAUGAUAAGUUAUGAGUUGUUUAUAGUGGUUAUUACUGUCACUAGUUGGUGGUGAACCAUUUUUUAUUCGCCUGGCAUGAAAACAUGUUUUGAACAAUUUUGUUUGACACUUGAAAGUUCAAACGUCUAGACUCCUCCACUAUUUUGUAGUCCAGUGGCUAGUGUGGACCUUUGUCCGAAAUCUCACAUGAAGAAACUAAACUGUAUGCGAAUAUCUAAUGUUCUGGAGACUGGAAUGUUGCUCUUGUUUUCUCUUUCUGCAAUAGCCGCCAACCAGUUGGCGCUUUUGUCACCCCUUGUUUAGGAAGGUAGAUACUUUCGUAAGGCACAAAUUGCAAAAGCAGUGUCUCGUUGGAAAAAAUAUUACAGUUGCAUUCUCUGAUUGGUUUUUA